UUCUGCUGAUACCACUCAAGUACAGUCCCUCGUCACGCUUCAUUCUCUGGCUUGUUUAUUAACUUUUCCACAGCGCCUUCCUUAUAAAAAACGCAUUCCCAUUAUCAUGCACCUUCCAUCUGACCAUCUCGAACGAUGUGAUCUGGGCUGUAGUGUUGAGGAUAGCAAGACGGAGAAAGGGUUUACAGACCUUAGUGAGGUUAUACCUUCGCAGCGAACAUCUGGCCGGGUUCUCGAGCUUCACAAGAACCGUGAAGAAUCUAUAACUCAGCCGGACACAUAUACCCCAUGUGGAUUGACCAGGGAACAAAAACUUCCCUUGAGUGUUGCAGGAGGCACUCUCGCCUCUCCUCCCUCGCGGGUCAAUCACGGUUGCGAAUACUCCCAAUUCGCUUCCUCGUUCGCGUACCCCUUCUCUGGCAACGCUUGCUUGCCUCCCUCAGCCCACUCAUUAUCACCAAACACCUUCUUCUCCAACCAAUGCAGAUACCCCAGACGAACUAUGAGUCUUUCGCUUUGUCUGCAUGGCAAUGUCGCUGAUCAUAGGUUUCCGCCCAACGAUGAUCAUAUGGAUGGGCACUGCGAUGAUAUGGUCUUCUGGACCUUUGGCGAAGGUUGCGUUCAGGGUUACGUGCCAGCUUCCUCUCAAUGCCAUCAACGAGGACAUAUUCCUUUUCGUCCUGCCUCAGAGAGGGGCGCCACACCAUUAGGUCCUAGCGACUCCCUGGCAAACUUCAACAUGGGGCUUCUGCGGAGGGACCUCUCACAAGCAUAUCAACACGAAGAUCCUCUGCUCGGCAUCCCAACCACCGGUCAUGGGAAUAAGCCCUCCGCUAUGCAGGACAAGGAUGACUCUGGCCCGGGGAAUCCUGAUGAGCUGCCUUCGUUUGAGGUUGUAGGUGUAUCCAACGAAGCUCCUCGUUCAUUGAAGCUGACACUAGAGUACUCUCACCAGAUGAUGGCCAAGGUGCUCGAAAGCACAUCGGACCAACUCCUCGCCUUGCUCCAGCAAGAGCUCGACAAGGACGAAUCCGACAUUGACAGCGAGUGAAACGCCCUCGCGAACUUUCUUUGCGUUUACGAAAAGACCAUGUCGUGUUGCAAACUCGUGUAAAAGGUGAGGGGAGUCUAGAGCCGACCGCUAACUACAGUCAUGCUGUAAGUUAACAUCUUGUAAGUUGGAGUGAUGGUUUGAGGUUGUGAUCCGUUGGCCUUUUUGGAAAUUUCGACCAGGUGAUGCAGGUUUCUGUGGUAGUACGGGAGCGGAGUUUGAGUGACACGAUCUCGAGUUCUCAGCCGCAAAGGUAUUCAUGGAGCGUUGGUUAGAUGCAUAGGUAUAGGCGGGGGCGCUCAGUGGCCGUUUGAAAUUGAAC